UCUCUCUCUCUCCUCCACCCCUGCUUCAUCUCAGAGAUAAGGAAUGGCCGCGCUCCCUUCCAACUUCCCCAACGCCUCUCGCAAAUAGGGCUUUUCAGCCUGUUUCACAAUACCAGAGAAAGGAAGGAUAAAACACUCCAAAGUCCCCUUUUAUACUGCUAGUGUGUCUCUUUUUUUUUUAAAUCUUUGUUUCCUUAGUAACUCAGCCCUCAACACACACAUUCACUAAACCAACAGGAUUUUUGCCCGCUGACAUCUACUGCAGCCAUUUUAAGGACGCCGGCACUCAACUUUCCAAAAAUUGAAGGAGAUUUUUGACACGUUUCGCUGUACAGACUAUUGGAAUAUAUUCUCACUCAGUGUCCCUAAUGGGGGAUUAAAUCAGAAGAGUAACCCACACUGACUCCCAUUUCAGUCCCUGUUCAGUCUUGUUUAAGGUGGUUUUUCAGUGAAGUCUUUUUCUGACUGGAGGUGGACUUAGCCAUCAUGGCUGGGAAGGGCAACCCAAUGCCGGGCCCCCACCUCAACGGCUUCCCCAUGCCCACUUACUCCUAUUUCUUCCCGCACAUGUUGGGGAGCAUGUCGCCUCCGGCCCUGUCAGGACUGCCCAUCAGCGGGUACAGCACCCCCUCACCAGCCACGAUAGAGACCCAGAGUACCAGCUCAGAGGAGAUAGUGCCAAGCCCGCCCUCACCUCCCCCGCCGCCCCGCGUCUACAAGCCCUGCUUUGUGUGCCAGGACAAGUCCUCAGGGUACCACUAUGGUGUCAGCGCCUGUGAAGGCUGCAAGGGCUUCUUUCGGAGAAGCAUCCAGAAAAACAUGGUGUACACUUGUCACCGGGAGAAGAACUGCAUCAUCAACAAAGUCACCCGAAACCGCUGCCAGUACUGUCGGCUGCAGAAGUGCCUGGAAGUCGGGAUGUCCAAGGAGUCGGUGAGGAAUGACCGGAACAAGAAGAAGAAGGAAGAGAAGAAGCAGGAGUGCACAGAGAGCUACGUGCUGAGUCCUGACACAGAGCAGAUGAUCGACAGGGUUCGCAAGGCACAUCAGGAGACUUUCCCCUCUCUCUGCCAGCUGGGCAAAUACACUACGACUAACAGCUCAGAACGACGUGUAUCCCUGGACGUAGACCUGUGGGACAAGUUCAGUGAACUCUCCACCAAGUGCAUCAUAAAGACGGUGGAGUUUGCUAAGCAGCUGCCCGGCUUCACAACGCUCACCAUCGCUGACCAGAUCACCCUGCUCAAAGCCGCCUGUCUGGACAUUCUGAUACUGCGGAUCUGUACACGCUACACACCAGAGCAGGACACCAUGACUUUCUCAGAUGGACUCACGCUAAACCGAACCCAGAUGCACAACGCCGGCUUUGGUCCCCUUACCGACCUGGUGUUUGCCUUCGCCAACCAGCUCCUCCCCCUGGAGAUGGACGAUGCAGAGACAGGGUUGCUCAGCGCCAUCUGUUUGUUGUGUGGAGACCGUCAAGACUUAGAAGAGGCAGAUAAGGUGGAUGUCCUGCAAGAGCCCCUUCUGGAGGCGCUGAAGAUUUAUGUGAGGAAGAGGAGGCCCCACAAACCACACAUGUUCCCCAAGAUGCUGAUGAAGAUCACUGAUCUGAGAAGCAUCAGUGCUAAAGGAGCUGAGCGAGUCAUCACCCUGAAGAUGGAAAUCCCUGGCUCCAUGCCUCCUCUCAUCCAGGAGAUGCUGGAGAACUCAGAAGGUCUGGAAAGCGGGGCCGCAGGAGGCCGGACCAGUGGUGCACCCCCAGGCAGUUGCAGCCCCAGUUUGUCCCCCAGCUCUGCCCAAAGCAGUCCAGCCACACAAUCGCCGUAGUAACGGCCCACCUUUUUAUUUUUCCUCACGUUGCGCUCUGUCUCCUCCCUCAACGUUCUAAAAAGGAGGGUUGAAGGAGGGGGACCUUGACUCUGACUGAGCCAGCCUCCUCCUCUACUAUGACACAAAUCCCCAUCUUGUGAUCUGCUUUCCCUCACUCUGGAACACUGUCCUGAUGUGAGGGGAGGUAAGGCCGGGGCAGGCCGGAGCAACAGGAUGCCUCUGAGAGACCACACCGUUAACACUGCUGAUGACUCCUCCUCCUUCUCCCUCCACUCUUCUCCCCUCUCCACCUUUCUCCAAAAGACUGAUGGAAAGAAAUGCGAAUGCAACUCAGCGGCGGAGACCAGUUUUGACUGGAAGUGAAAGUAGGUGGGGCAGCGUGGGACAAAUAUGGACAAGGACAAUGCAUAGAAUGACUUGACAAACACCAGACACUUUUUUUGUUGUACUCUGAGGCAGACUGCAAGCUUGGGACUUGUCAGAAGACCCCCCCUCCUCAAAGACUCUGGGUCUUUUCUCUUUUUCCAGCUUCAAAAAACAGAUUUCGUACAAAAAGAUAUAUAAAUAUAUAUAGAAAAGUUAAGGAACUAUUGUGAUUGACAUGUCCAAAUAAGAAUGGCGAGUUGAAACAAGGACAUGUUUUCUGAGAUUAGAAAUUGUUGUACUCCUUCACUGUUCGAAUCUUUUCAUACCCAUCAAGAGUAUUGAGAGAGACGUUUCAGUUUUAUCACAUUUGUACAUUAUUCUAAUUAACAAAAAGCAAAAGAUGUUGAAAUUUCUCUCUAGUCCACACAUGCAUACACACACAUACACACACACACAGAAAUGUGCACAGAAAACAAGUCGCAAUGAAUAUCACCUACUAUUCCAGGUUGGAUUUGUUUUCCUUUUUUUCUUUUUUUUUUCUUUUUUUUUUGCUUCCAAGAGAAUGGGAAAAAAAUGAUUGUAUGAACAUGGUUGUAUGAUAUGGUCACAGGUCCUUUCAAGAAAUCAAAUUAAUGAAGAUUCAAUAUUAAGGUGUAUUUUAAGUAGCCUUUGAGUUUGUGUAUAUAAGCUGUAUUCAUUUCUUUAAAACUAUGAAGAGUUUUAGGCUUCACCUGAUUUUUUUAAGAAUACCUUUUAUGUGUUUUGUUCAUAGGUUUGUGAUUCAAGAAAAGACAUUUUGAGCACAUUUUACUGAAGGAAGUUCAUGUUUCGUGUCCUACUAAAUACUGGACAGACCCCUUAACCAAUCACUGGCUGUUCAGAAUGUGGCUUUCACAAUUUCAACCUAUCCCCACUUCACUUUUUAAAACAUAUUUUUUACAUACCCAAGAUAACAAAGUAGCACUCCAGUCGGGGCAUAGCUUUUUUUGGCCAUGUAGCAGCAAGAGAUGGUGUUUCGGUAAAUGGCGAGCUACAGCAGCUCAGCUUUAAAGAGAGUUAAAAUGUGAAGAUUGGUGUACAUACACACUGUAUUAAACACAAGCGAUUCUCAGCUGUCUCUGAAUGGAUCAGUAAUGUUUAAUGGAUGGGAAAAGACUAGAUUGUAGUGAUCCUUCUUCUGUCAGUGGUCAGGCAAGUGAAGGUCCCAAAUGUGAUAUUUGUCAAACCCUCACAAAUCUCCCCCUGGCAACCUGUGGUAGAAAUAAAUCUGUGACUUUUUUACCGGAUACAGAGCAACCUUGCACCCUGUGACUCACUUUACGCCAAAACGCCUUCACAGACACACAUACACACAUACACACAUACACACAUCUCAUCUAGACCAUCAUUACUGUACACACGCCAAUGUCUCAGGAAGGAAUCAUUUUGUGUGCUUGGCCUGUUCUUUGUAUAUGUUCUGUGCUGCACUCCCCAACCCUCCUAUCACAGAUGCACACAUACACACACCUCUGCUACUGAGCCCCUGAGUUUUUCUUCAAUCACUCACUUUCGUUAGGCCUGGCAGACCAGGACCUGUGCAGAGAGACCCUGACCCUGCAACGUUACGACAUAGGAUGCCAGUGUGGAGUCUCUCUUGAGUCGUUCAUGUGUUCUUUUUAUUUGUACGGUCAAAGCUGCUUUCAUCAUUUAGGACUUAACCUGUCCGGAACAGCGCACAACUUUUCCCUCCACAGCUAAUCUGGAAUAGCAACAGACACACCGUCAGUUUGAGAAGUAUGGAAUAUGUUGCAAUUUUGUCAAGAUUAUCAAGCGACUUUGAAAAAAAGAAAAAACAACAAAAAAAGAUAAAAAUAAAA